ACUUAAGCCGGUCACUCACUGGGCCCGACGACCGUAUUUUAUAAAGACCACAAUGCCACUACGCGCGCGCAACCGCAAAGGAUUGUUUUUAACGACGAUCCGUACUGCCACCGACAGUCAGCCAAUGGCGUUGCGUCGUCUCCCGCUCACCACAGCGAACGAAGUUGGAUUCGUCGUACGACCGCCGUGCGACGUAGUAAGUGCACGGCUAUAGAAAGCAAACCUAUUAAUUAAAGGGAAAUCCCCAAAAUAAACCAGAAAAAUAAACUUCAAACAUUUUUUGUUAAACAAUGACUCUUAAAGCUAACAACUAACACUAGAUUAGGAUGUAUCAAGUGGAUUCGUAACCGCAUUCUUUCCCCCUACUUGAAGAGGAAUAAUUAUAAAUACCACGGCACCUAGGAAACACGGUACGGUCUUGUACAUCUUCACUAUCCACGGUGAUCAAGCAUCAACGUCGAAUCUAUCAAAAAAUGUACAUCAUAAUGAAGGCAGUCGUAUAUUUUAUCCUACUUGGUUGUGUGUAUGGUGCGCCAGCAGACACCAUCGGUGACAAAAGUUCUUCACACACGAAGAAUGAAGUCAAAACGUUCAAUGUUGAUGGACAAACUUUAACCGAAACUGUAGAACAAACGGAUGACGGCACUGUCAUUGAUGUAGAGGCUCAAGAAGGGUGUAGUGGUUUGACAGUGUUCACUGACGUCACUCAUGGACUACUCAUCCAUCGAUACAAAGACGACGAUACCAAUUGCUAUAUAUCCAGCCUCGAAGAUUACAAUCGUACAAGAUUGGCACAGGAAAACCCUUCAAGUGUGUUCAAGUACAUACUGGAACCAGUUUCAGAGAUUAAACGCCAGUACUUCAUCAACACGGCUACCGACUCGAUGAAACGUGUUUGCGGCGACACUAGUAUAGUGUGGAGUGAAAUUUACGCUGUAACCGAUGAGCAGGAAACGCGCCAGAAACGCGAUUUGUGCGGGGCUGUGUGUACCCUUUAUUGUUCUAUUAUUUAUGAGGUGUGCUUUUAUUCGUGCAGAAUAAUUUGUAUUGAGUGAUUUCAUAUCAUAAUAAUCACUCUGCAUUGAAGAAGCAGAAUAUGUUGCUAUGCACUGGGAAAUUAUUUUACAAUAUUAAGCGAAGCGAAGAUAAAUAGCAUCUUAAUAAGCAUUUUUAUUUGCAAUUGAACAUAAUUUACACAGACUAUGGAAUUGAUAAUGAUAAUCAUUAAAGUAACAUUGGUCAUCAUAUUCUAAUAAUUAUUAUUAUUGUCACCGCAUUAUUUUUAUUUUAGGCUAUAAUUAUAACCAUUUUAUAAAAUGCUAAAUAAUUCCUAACAUUAACUAUAGCAGAUCAAUGUAUAAUUCUCAUUAUCUGGUCACUUCAUCCGACAAUAUAUUUUUCAGUUUUUAAAGACUUUUGACCUGGGUUUUUCAACAGUGUUUGCUACUUUUUGAUAGGUUUUAUAUAUUUUUUGAUUAGGCAUAAACAUAGUUUUUUAUUACUAUAACUAUUUGCUGUAUAUAGCCUUUCGAAUUUUUCAGAAGUAGAAUAUUUUUGUAUAAUUUUAUUAAUAGUAGAAAAGAAUGAGUAAAAAUACUGUAAACCGUUUUACUAAAACAUUUUCAAAACUACACAAAUUCUAAAACGUAUGGCAACCUUAAAUUUAAAUGGUGUGUUAGCACAGAAGUUAAAUCUGAAAUUUAGAUAAACAGCUCUCCGAUUAAAGCUGUAUUCACAUCGGAACCGAAUCGAAAUUCGGACCGCGUUUCCGACGCGCUGGACGCCAGCGUCCCUAUUCGUAAGCUAUGUUCACACACGACAGCUAACGAUUAGCAGGAUCUGGAUUCUGCUAAUUUAGCUGCCGUGCGUUCAUACAAGUCAAUUCCCGAUCCAGAUACCAAGAAGAUGACGAUCGAAUCACUGGCCAAUAAGAAACUGGAAAUUGGAAACGCGUACGUGUGAUUGGUUGAUGAAGCCAACGGUUAGCGCUAACAGUUAGCUGCCGAUCCGGAUACUAGGGCUGUAGUGUGAACGUGACCACAAACUGAUUCGAUUUUUUGAUCGGGUUUGUAGGCCUUCCGAUCCAAAUAGUUUGAUUCAGUGGUCUAAAUGCAGUUUAAUAUGAUCCCAAAACCUCCUAUCUAACAUCGACUGUGAUUAAUAUGUUACAAGUGUCACUCUUGAACCUGUUUUCUUUGCUAUCACUAAAAGACAUAAAAAAAAUAACUAAAAUGUAUCCACUUAAAUCCAAGUGUCUUAAUUAUUAUCAGGGGAGCUAUUUUCGUAGUUUUCUUGCCUUUCAAUCCUAUGGUCUUUGUUCAAUACAUGCCAUGGUAAAGUCUUUUAUUAGCGACCAAAAGCCACUCUGAAUAUCCGCCUAAGCCUCAUACAUUGAGAUUUAGUAUGUAAAACAUUUUGUGUACGUGUAUUAUAAGUAUAUUUCAAUCCGUAUUUUUACUACGAUAGCUUUUGGAUGUGUAAGACGUGUCAGUCAGGAUAUUCACUGUAUUUAAACUCAGUUCUUAUGCUGUUAUUCCAUCACUACACAUAUACUCAAAUCAUCUAAGUCAGAUAUCCUACGUUCCACUCUCUUGGUACCGGUAAACUCUGUAAAAAAUAUUUCUUUUUAAAUAAAAAUGUAUUGCAUAAA